AUGAACAAGCUCAUUCUUUUUCUUGUUAUCACCAGUACAUUCUUCUCGAUUGCUCCUGGAAAACCACUUCAGUUUAUGAAAUCGGGACAAUAUGAAAAAUUGGAAUUUGUUCUGAUGGACAAAUCGCCAACGCCCAACCCUUCAAUUGGAACCGAUCCUUACUUUGCACAUGCCAUCAGCCGCAAUGCCAACUUCCUCGGUAGCAACAAUACAAUCUCCCUCAAAACAUCCCCGAUUCAAACCUCAGACGUUGAACUAAUAGACGAAAACAACGUGGUAACUGGAGCUCUGCUGUUCCUAAUCGUUUUGCUGACUUUCUUCGCAUUCGCUCUCAUCGAAUCGAUCUUGAAAUCUGUGAGUCGACAGAAUACCACCGACGCAGUGGUUCUCCAAAAGGUUAGCACUGAAGAGAAGGCAGAUGAAUAA